AAAGACUUUUACAUAAGUAUAAAUUGGCUGCUCUAAAGCAUAUACAAACGAGCAAAUUAUUACAGAAACAUAUAGCAGAAAAACAUAAAAUGAAUAACAUUCAGUCAUCGCGUUUAUCCACCAUCUAUAUUUAUCUUAAAGGUCAUUGUGUGGAAAAUAAUGAUUAAAUAAAUUCAAAUCUGUCCUUCACAGGUUUAGUUCCUUUGUGUAUGUUAAUAACUAGCAAGCUGCCCCAGAGCGAACCUAGCUUCCCCUUCUAAGUUUGAAAUUCGCGGGCGCGGUCUCUUUAAUGUGUAAUAGAACGCUGAUUGCAUCGAUCACAUAGUCCUUACACCCGCCCUCCCGUCGGUCUCUCUUCCACCCCGGUCACUACCCUCCUUCUAGGUGUCAAGCCGCGGGGAGCGGGGGCGUUAGUGAACGCUGGUGUCCGCGUGUGGUCGCAGCUGACCCCGGGCGUCCCGCCUGCCCGCUGGACGAGGCCCGGCUCUCCCGGCGCCGGCGGGGCCUCGGGGCUCGGCUGCGCACGCCUGGAGCGCGGGGUUUGAGCGCCGUUGUUGUAGUGACCGGGAGGCGCGCCGCUCCGGGCAGACGGUUCCGGGCGCCGCACGGUCCCCCUCUUGCCCCGCCCCUCCCUUCUCCCGGUUCCCCCCUUCGGCGGUAGCCCGGCGCCGACCGUUCCCCCAUGGCCUCCACCCCGGAGGACCCCGUUCUGGAGCGUUACUUUAAAGGCCACAAAGCUGCGAUCACCUCCGUGGACUUUAGUCCCAACGGCAAACAACUUGCUACUGCCUCUUGGGAUACGUUUCUCAUGCUAUGGAAUUUGAAGCCACAGGCUAGAGCCUUCAGAUAUGUGAGUCACAAAGACGUCGUAACCAGCGUGCAGUUUUCUCCAGUUGGAAAUUUGUUGGCAUCUGCUUCACGAGACAGAACCAUUAGACUCUGGAUUCCUGAUAAGAGAGGGAAGUCCUCUGAAUUUAAAGCUCAUACAGCUCCUGUUCGAAGUGUGGACUUUUCAGCUGAUGGCCAGUUUCUGGCUACAGCUUCUGAAGACAAAUCCAUCAAAGUAUGGAACAUGUUUUGCCAGCGCUUCUCAUAUUCCUUGUACCGACAUACACACUGGGUUCACUGUGCCAAAUUUUCACCUGAUGGAAGACUAAUUGUAUCAUGUAGUGAGGAUAAAACUAUUAAAAUUUGGGAUACCACAAAUAAGCAGUGUGUUAGUAACUUCUCUGAUUCUAUAGGGUUUGCAAAUUAUGUGGAUUUUAAUCCUAACGGUACAUACAUAGCUUCAGCAGGUUCUGAUCACACUGUGAAACUGUGGGAUAUAAGAGUGAACAAAUUACUCCAGCAUUAUCAAGUUCACAGUGGCGGAGUUAAUUGUGUGUCGUUCCACCCUUCGGGUAACUAUCUCAUCACGGCUUCUUCAGAUGGUACACUUAAGAUUCUGGAUCUCUUAGAAGGAAGGCUCAUAUAUACACUUCAAGGACAUACGGGGCCUGUCUUUACUGUUUCAUUUUCAAAAGGUGGAGAGCUAUUUGCAUCAGGAGGUACAGAUGCACAGGUCUUACUAUGGAGGACUAACUUUGAUGAAUUUAACUCUAAAGAUAUUAUUAAAAGAAAUCUCAAAAGAUUACAUUUUGAUUCACCACCACAUCUUCAUGAUAUCUACCCAAGAACAUCGCAUCCCCAUGAGGGAAAAACUGAGACUGUUGAAAUUAAUCCAAAGCUUGAGGUAAUGGAUUUGCAGACCUCUACACCCCCUGUUGUGGAUAUCCUUUCUUUUGAUUCUACCACAGCAACAGAAACCACUAUUAGAACGCUACCAGACAAGGGUGAAGAAAUCUGUGGCUAUUUCUUGAACCCUUCUUUAAUGUCGUCAGAUUGUUCACCAACAACCUUGAAAAAGAAAAAUGAAGACAUUAGCAACCUCCGUUCUCAGAGCCAAAGAAGCAUACCGCUCGCUGUGACUGACGCUUUAGAGCAUAUUAUGGAACAGCUCAAUGUUCUGACACAGACUGUUUCGAUCUUGGAGCAGCGACUGACUUUGACAGAGGAUAAGCUGAAAGACUGCCUUGAAAAUCAGCAAAAACUUUUCAAUGCUAUCCAUCAGAAAAGUUGAAUAGAAAACCAUGAGCAGAGGCACAGUAAAUGAAUACAUGUACAUACACUCAGGAAGGUGGUACAAGAUACUUCAUGCAACACAACCAUGUGCUAAUUAUCAUGACAUUUCUCCAAAGGGUGAGCAACAGAAUAAAAGACAGAAAAGGCAUAAUAAAGGACUAAUUUAAACACACAAAUCAAUGGCAAGGACUAAUUCACAUCAUUACCAUUUAUGAUUACAGUAAUAAAGUGAUAAGCAUUCAAGUGGCUCUAUAUUUUCCCCCAUAUUAUUUUAAAUGUCAGUUUUCACGUCUAGUCCGAAUCCUGCCAGGAAAGUAGCCAAAUCUCUGGAUUUCAUUGUUAAAUCAUUUCAAAUGAACCAUGUUCAGGCAAAUCCUUAAGGCAAUUAAUGUAUUUUUAGUGAGCAACACCCUUGGGGUGAAGUAAUUCACUUACCUCUAAAAUAGCAUCCCUAUGCGCAGAGGAUGAGUUAAUGAUCUGACUCAUUUCUUUCAGCUCAACAAAAUGUAUUCUUCUUACCAAUGCCUUGAAAAGGCUAUCUUAUAAAAUUCCCAAACCACAGAAUUUCCACAGCAAGAAGAUACUUAUUAGCAACAACACGUACAUGACAUAGGGCAGUGGGUUUUUAUUUAAUCUGUGGUAGACAUUGUUUGUCCUCCGCCCGACCUAAAAGACACUGAAGAGUUAGAAGCAUGUGAAACACAUGCACCUUUUCAUUCACCAACGACGGCACUGACCGACUGGGGUUGUAUCUGAGGCUUUGGUCCCGGGUAGGCUCACACAAGUGUGAUUUCAGUAUGCUCGACAGCCAGAACGAUGCAACAGCAGUAUGUAAAGAUACGCACACCUGUAUGUUCACAUGCUUCAGAAAUGUUCUCGCCUGGGGUGGUUUUGGCAGCUGAAUAAUAAGGACUUAUAAACAAACAUUGGCAUCAUCAUCUUCCUAUUUCUUUUUAAUAAAUUGUGACUUGACACAAAAUGAAAA